AUGUGUUGUAACUACUACGGCAACUCCUGUGGCUAUGGGUGUGGAAACAGCUAUAGCUGUGGAUUCAGCCCCUACUAUGGCUGUGGAUAUGGAGCUAGAUACGGAUGUAGAUACAGCUCAGGAUACGGCUCAGGAUAUGGCUGUGGAUAUGGCUGUGGAUACGGUUCAGGAUACAGCUGUGGAUUUAGCCCUUAUUAUGGCUGUGGCUAUGGAACCAGAUAUGGCUGUGGAUAUGGCUCUGGAUACGGCUGUGGAUUCAGCCCCUAUUAUGGCUGUGGAUACAGCUCCCCGUAUGGCUGUGGUUAUGGGAUAAGAUAUGGCUGUGGAUACGGUCCCUACUGUGGCUAUGGAUAUGGCUCUGGCUAUUGCAGUUACCGGCCAGUCUGCUACAGGUAUUAUUCUUCUUGCUGCUAG